UUUAUUAAGCACCUGGCGGGGGAGGGGAUGGCUAGUUUGCUAUCAGUGAUGAGGAGACCUUGAUGUUGGAUGGAAGCCUCCAUACUCUGACUUGAACCCGCAGCGAUGGCGUCUUCUCAUCUGAAAGAGAAUCUGGAAUGUUCCGUCUGUCUGAACAUCUUCAAAGAUCCUGUAACCCUGAGAUGUGGACACCACUUCUGCCGGGACUGUAUUGGCCGCGUGUUGGAUACACAGUGGGGGACUGGAGGAUAUUCCUGUCCUGAAUGUAGAGAAAAUUUCAAGAAACGUCCCGUCCCUCAGACAAACAUGCCUCUGUGUCAGAGGUCGGAGGCCCUCCGGAAUACACAGGGUGGUCAGGACAAAACCGGGAUCUCCUGUACUACUUCCAGUAUUCACGCGCCUGUACCUGCUGUGAAAUCCUAUGUGAUGUGUGACGAUGACCUGAGAGUCCCCAGCAAGUCACCGGAACACGUCUUAUGUGACCCCACCACUCCCCCGGAGAACAGGAAAUGCUCCAUCCAUAAGGAGAUCCUGGAGUAUUACUGCACUGAGGACUCCUCCUGUAUCUGUAUAUUCUGCAGGCUAGAUGGAGAACAUCGGGGACACCAGGUGGAGACUCUGGACGAGGCCUCUGAGAAGAAGAACAAGAAACUGAUAAAUGUUCUGCAAAAACUGAAGACGGAGAGAGAAGAGACGGAGAAAAGAGUCCAGAGUCUGCAGGAACACAGGUGGAAAGUACAAGGAAAAGCAGAUGAUGAAACGGAGAGGGCCACUGCCCUGUUCAGAGACCUCAGGAGACGUCUGGAAGACCUCGAGAAGAGAGUUCUGAAGGAGAUCUCCGGGCAGGCAGAGCAAGUCUCUCUAUCGCUGUCUGAUCUGAUCCAACAGCUGGAAACAAAGAUGGAGGAGCUGUCCAGGAAGAUGGAGGACAUUGAGGAGCUGUGUAACAUGACGGAUCCACUGACUUUCCUACAGAAAUCGGACACGGGUGACUUGUGUGAUACUGAGGAUGGAGAUCAUGAGAACAGAGAGGGACGUGAUAAACUCCUCCAUGAUGGAGGGGAUCUGGAUCUGGAUGUGGCGGGGAUCUUGCACACAUUACACACGGGUUUAUCUGAUAUCAUGUCUGAGGUAUAUGUACAGAAAUGUACAGGCACACUUGUCUAUCCACAUUUUACUACAAAAGGCAAAGGUCCCUUCAAUGCUGAACCAUCCAGGAGGUGCCCCCAACCCACCCUCACCAUACAACCAUCCAAAAGUCCUCUCCAACCCACCCCCACCGUACAACUCUCACACCACCAGGCUGAAGGACCAAAUAUUGGGGCUACACCGCAAACAUCAGGGGUGUCGGGGGUUACAGACAUAUUACUGGAUGUGAGGACAGCUGGUAAUAACCUACAUAUAUCAGAUGAUAGGAAAACUGUAUCCUGGUUAUAUAAGAGCCAGAAUCACCCGGAAGCGCCAGAGAGAUUUCGGUGUCCUCAGGUGAUGAGCAGUCAGAGUUUUUCCUCGGGGAGACAUUACUGGGAAGUGGAUGUCGGGAGGGCAUGGAUGUGGAGAACCGGCAUGUGUUACCCCAGUAUAGACAGGAGAGGAGAUCAGUCACUGAUUGGAUAUAAUAAGAAGUCCUGGUGUCUGGAGAGGUGGGGGUGUAAUCAGUACUCAGUGGUACAUGAUGAUAAUAAGACGCGAUUACCCUGCCGUGUCUCCAGUGAGAGAGUCAGGAUAGAUCUGGAUUAUGAGGCCGGGCGGAUCUCUUUUUAUGAUCUGUGUGACCCGAUCCGACAUCUCCACACCUUCACCACCACCUUCACUGAGCCCCUCCAUGCUGGGGUAUGUGUGGUAGAUGAUUGUAUAAAGAUAUGUGGGGAGGAAUCAGAUGUGAGAAAUCUGCCCAGAGUCUGGUGACAUCACAGGGUGGAGAAUCUGAUUGGUGCAAUACUCAGCCUAUAGGAGGAAGCAGAGGACAAGAAACCACAUGAGUGAUUUCUGUAUAAAGUUGCUCCUUCCGGGGCCGUUGGCUUGAUCCUAAACCUCACUUCACUACCUAGUGCAGUGAUGGCGAACCUCGGCACCCCAGAUGUUUUGGAAUUACAUUUCCCAUGAUGCUUAUGCACUCUGCAGUGUAGUUGAGCAUCAUGGGAAAUGUAGUUCCAAAACAUCUGGGGUGCCGAGGUUCCCCGUCACUGACCUAGUGUGUCACUGACCUCGUGUGUUCACAGGUAGUGAACUCUCCAACAGCAACAUGGAUUAGGGGAAGGCUAAAACCCCUGUCAGUUUUAUUUAAGUCCGUGUCCCUGUUUUAGAUUUUCCUCCAUUUCCAGCCUGAUAAAAUGUUGUCAUCUGGACAGGAAGUGUCAUGAAGCCCCAGAUGGCAGUAAAAACCUGAUGGGUUCUGAUCCUUCCCCAAGUGCUUAUAUGCUAAUGUGAGGCUCUUUCUAUAAUAACAGGUUCUCUGUCUAGAAUGACUUUACAGAAAGAUGUUAUUAGAGGAAAUUGUUCUUCUCCGGAUCCUUGGAAGGUCUUGUUGGGGAACAUAGAGACAGUUGGUCUCCUUCUUCUACAAUGAGGGAUUUGGGAGUCUGGAGGUGGGACAAGCAGAUAAGGUGUUCAGAAAUAACAGAAAUGAAUGUCUCUUGUAAUGAAUGAUGUGCUGCUUGUACAAAUUCUUCAGUGAAUGAUUCCAUCUGUAAAAUGUUGAUGUUUGGGACGGUCCUCCAUGACAACUGUCCAGGAUUGGGGGGUAAAAGCCUCCCAUUUUGAUGAAGAGGUCGGAUCCUUGGUCCUCCUGCCAUGUCUAAGGAUUUCCGCACACCUCCAUCUCUAAUUUUUUACUUUGUAACUUUUCUAAAUAAACUUUCAGAACCUUCAUUUG